AUGCGCACAGCUUCGUCCACCUCGACCCUGGUCCACGCGUCGAACCUGCAAGCGGAUUCGAACUUGGCCUCCUCGUCCAGCCCGAAUCUCACCGCGCAGCCGAAUUAUUGGCCCAACGCGAGAAGCGACUACGACCUACAAGAUGCCAUCGGAAUCGGAGCCACUGCAACCGUCUAUAAAGUGAGUUUUGAGCGGGAUUUUGGAAAUUGAAAGGGAUUUUUGGGGAAAAUUUGAUGUUUUACACGAAAAUUCGAGAAAUUUUUGAUUUUUCAGAGUUGUUAUGGGUGAUAUUUGGUGCUGCAAGCCUUUUGGAAGGCUUAAUUUUUGGUUUUUUGAAGAAAAAGUGAAAUUUUUUGCUGAAAAUUUUUUGGAUUUUUAAAAAAUUUUCGAUUUUUUCUCGAGAAUUUUUACUCAAUUCCUCGCUCCAGGCGUUCUGCAAACCCCGCGCCGAGUACUGUGCCAUAAAAUGCAUUAACCUGGAGAAGUGCCAAACCUCGGUGGACGAGCUGAGCCACGAAAUCCAGGCGAUGAGCCUCUGCCAUCACCCGAACGUCGUGAAUUACUUCACGUCCUUCGUGGUCCAAGAGGAACUGUGGGUGGUGAUGCGCCUGCUGAACUGCGGCUCCAUGCUGGACAUCCUGAAACGCAAGAUCAAGCUGAUGGGCAAAGAGCAGGCGGCGUACGGCGUCCUGGACGAAGUCACGAUCGCCACGGUUUUGAAGGAAGUCCUGCGCGGCCUGGACUACUUUCACUCGUCGGGACAGAUCCACAGAGACAUCAAGGCCGGCAACAUCUUGUUGAGUUCGGACGGAACCGUCCAAAUCGCCGACUUUGGCGUGUCGGGAUGGCUGGCCGCCAGCGGAGGCGACCUCAGCCGCCAAAAGGUCCGUCACACGUUUGUCGGCACCCCGUGCUGGAUGGUAAGUGGAUUAGAAGGUGUGGAAUGGAGUCUAGAUUUUUUUUGUAGUUGAUGGCGACAGCCGGUUUUGUGAUUUUUGCGGAGAAAUUUGAGAUUUUUUGAGGAGGUAUGAGGUUUUUUGACCAUAAAUUAAAAUUUUUUUUUUGAUUUUUGAAAAUGAUGUUUGAUGGAAGGGAAGUGAUAAAUAGAAAUAAUUGUUUAAUUUGAGAAUAAAAUUCAUGAAAUUUGCUUUGAUUUUUGAAGGGAGAUUUGAGAUUUUUUGAAAAAUUUUGGGAUUUUGACUAAAAUAAGGUUGUUUGAUCAGUAAAUGCAAAUUUUUUGUCUCUGUUUUGGGUGAUUAUUGUCUAUUGUGGACCUGUUGUCCUUUUUGAAGGGUUGGUCUAGGAAGAAUUGAAUUUUUUAAACACUUUGGGACCUUAUUUUAUAUUGUACUAGACAUUUUCUCUAAAAUUAAUAAAAAAUUUUAUUUCCAGGCCCCAGAAGUGAUGGAACAGGUCCAAGGAUACGACUUCAAAGCCGACAUUUGGAGUUUUGGCAUCCUCUGCAUUGAGCUGGCGACAGGAACCGCACCUUAUCAUAAAUAUCCACCAAUGAAGGUCCUCAUGAUGACCCUUCAAAACGACCCUCCGAACUUGGAAACUAACGCCGAAAGAAAGGACCAGUAUAAAGCAUACGGAAAGAGCUUCCGACAUGUGAUCAAGGAUUGUUUACAGGUAAAAAUUGGAGAUUUUGGAGGGGGUUUUUGGGAAAAGGGAUUUUUUGGAUUUUUUGAUAAGAAAUUUGACUUUUCCCAAAAUUUUUUUAAUUUUUUUGUGAAAAAUCCUAUUUUGAUCGUAUUUUAGAAGGACCCGACGAAACGCCCCACCGCCGCCGAGCUCCUGAAGUACUCGUUCUUCAAGAAGGCCAAGGACAAGAGCUAUUUGGUCCAUUCUUUGAUCGAAAACCUCGGCUCAACCCCGCAGCCGACGGUGUCGGCCCCGAAAAAAGUGGCCAGCGGAAAGCUGAAGAAGGACAAGGACGGAAACUGGGAGUUCGAAUACGACUCCCCGGACUCGGACUCCGAGCCUGAAGGAACAAUCCAGUCGGCGAAUCGGGCUCAGCGAGGAACUAUUGAACAGACAAUACAAGCCCCAGUUCAGACGGCUCAAACCGCCCCGCAGACGCUGAAUUUGGUAAGAAGGGAGAUGAUGAGGGAAUGAAAUGGGUUUGAGGAUGUAUAAAAGGGAAUAAGAUGGGUUGAUAUGGGAUUGGAGGGAUUUUAGAGCGAUUUUUGAGGAUCUGGGAUAUUACCUUAGGCAAGGUUGGAAAAUUUUGGAGUUUUUUUUUUGAUUUUUGGGUGUUGAGUGGAAUGAGUUGAUGUAAAAUGAAGAGUAUGGGUUUGUGGUGGGAUGAGAAGAGGCUAGAAGGAAUUUGCAAGGGUUUGGGAUAUUACUUUAGGUAUAUUUGACAAAAAAAAAAUUUUAUUUUUUGAGAUAAUUUUUGUUAGAAAAGCGAUGGGGGAUCGCUUUUCAGGAUUGUAUAUUAUGUAUUUUUAUUCUAGAGUACUUAUUUUAGACCACCAAAAAAUUUUUUUUUUUUUUAAAUUUAUUUUUAAAAUUUUGAAAUUUGAUAUUGGUUUGUUAGAAAAUCGAUUGUUAAAUCAGUUUAAAAUGAGAUUCGAAGUAUAUUCUCUCGAUUUCAGGUACUCAGAGUCCGAAAUCAACAGCGCGAACUGAACGAUAUCAAGUUCGAUUACACGCCCCAAACGGACACCGUAGAUGGAAUUGCUCACGAGCUGGUCACCGCCGAACUGAUCGACGGCCACGACCUGGUAGUAGUCGCCGCCAACCUCCAAAAACUCAUCGACCUGGCCCAAAAGAAGUCGGACAAGAAAUCGAUCACGUUCGCCCUGAACUCGGGCCUCGCCCCCAACGAAGCCCCCGACGAACGCACCCUAACCGGCUUCGCCCAACUCUCCCUCAUCGACUAA